AUGUUUACUGGUCUUGUCGAAACGAUCGGGAGUGCCCGUCACGGCCCUGGAGCCCCUCGAUACCUCGCAGAGCGGGGCGGGGGUACGUCGCUCACCAUCUCCAACUGCGAAGAAAUCCUUUCCGACGCGCAUCUAGGUGAUAGCAUCGCUGUUAAUGGAACCUGCCUCACCGUCACCGAGUUCGACAAGACCUGGUUCAAGGUCGGCGUCGCGCCGGAGACGCUCCGACGCACAAAUCUCGGCUCUUUGACGACUGGCUCCAACGUGAACCUCGAACGCGCCGUGUCAGCUGAUACACGCAUGGGCGGACAUUUCGUGCAGGGACACGUCGAUACCGUUGCGCAAAUUCUGUCCGUCACCCCCGACGGCAACUCCCUGGUGUUCCGCCUGCAGCCGCGCGACAAGGACGUGCUUCGCUACGUUGUCGAGAAGGGCUAUGUUACCCUGGACGGUGCGAGCUUGACCGUGACCAAGGUUGUCGACGGCGAGGAUGGGUACUGGGAGGUGAUGCUCAUCGCUUACACCCAAGAGAAAGUGGUGACGGCCGGAAAGAAGGCUGGCGAGUUUGUCAAUGUUGAAAUUGACAUUGUGGGCAAGUAUGUCGAGAAGAGUGUCGCUGGUUACUUCGCUGGCACCGGUGGUGGUGAUUUCGCUAUUUUGGAGAAGAUGGUUUCUCGUCUUGUUGAUGAGAAGCUCAAGAAAUAG